AUGAACACUACCACAGCAAAUCAGUCGGACUGCCCUGAGGUGAGGGUCCCUUUCUCUCUCUUCUUCACCAUCGGCAUGGUGAGCUUGGCUGAAAACCUGCUGGUUGUGGUGGCCGUCAUAUGGAACAGGAACCUCCACUCGCCCAUGUACUGCUUCAUCUGCAGCCUGGCGACCUUCAACACCCUCUCUAGCCUGUCCAAAACCCUGGAGAACCUGAUGAUUGCACUUGCCAACAUGGGUCACCUGAAUCAGACAGGUUCCUCUGAACUGGACCUGGAUGAUGUGAUGGACUCCCUGCUGUGUAUGUCAUUUGUGGGCUCCAUUUUCAGUUUCCUCGCUAUCGCUGUGGAUCGUUACAUCACCAUCUUCCAUGCGCUUCGAUACCACAACAUCAUGACGAUGAGACGCACAAAGGCCAUCCUGGGUGGCAUCUGGUUAACAUGUGGGGUGUCAGCCAUCCUCAUGGUGAAGUUUUUUGACUCCAACUUCAUCAAGAUCUGCCUUGUUGUCUUCUUUGUCGUCUCCUUGGCGAUCAUCUGCUUCCUCUACGUCUACAUGUUCAUGCUGGCACGCAUCCACGCCAGGAAAAUAGCCGCUUUGCCCAGCAGUGGUGUGGGGAAGUGUCGACGUCAGCGGAGGUGGGGCAGCAGCGGGAGAGGGGCUCUAACUCUCACUAUCCUGUUUGGGGUGUUUGUGGUGUGCUGGGCGCCGUUUUUCCUCCACCUCAUCAUCAUCAUGGUGUGCCCCAUGAACCCGUACUGCGAGUGUUAUCGCUCUCUGUUUCAGCUGCAUGUGGUGCUGCUGAUGAGCCACGCUCUCAUUGACCCGGCCAUCUACGCCUUCCGAAGCGCCGAGCUCAGACACACCUUCAGAAAGAUGCUGCCUUGGAAGCAGUGUUCAUAG